GAACAUUCCCUAGUCUACAGCAUGCUGUACAACUUUGGUCGUGCAUGAGGAUUUUAUUCUCUUCGAUAAAAGAAGGAUAAUAAACAUUCACCCAUAAACGAUAGAAAUCGUAAUCGCUCGGUUGACAAUCAAACCGAUGUGCAACUCUGCGUCGAGACUAUACGAUCGUCCGGUAUUGGAUUUCUAGACUCGAGAGCAAGACAUGUCAAAGGAGAGGAACGGUGAUGAAUCAAGGAAGAGGGACAAAGGAGGCGUCGGUGUAUCGAUAGUGGCUGCGAAGGAGAGCCGAGAUGCGGCCAGGCUCAGCACCAUCGGUAAUCACUUUAGCGCCCGAUUUCACCGGGAGCCUUCAUUCUUCGUCAGAGUUCCCGGAAGGGUGAACCUGAUCGGGGAACACAUCGACUACUGCGGUUACGCGGUGUGUCCAAUGGCCAUUAGACAGGACGUAUUGGUGGCGGUCUCCUCGACGGAGGACGGAAUGCUGCGGUUGACAAAUCUGGAGGCGAAAUACUCGGAUUUCGAGUGCGAUUUCGGUCACAUCCGGACCAGUUCUUUCGACGGAAGUCCCGCGUGGCAAAACUAUUUCCUAUGCGGUGUGAAGGGUGCCCUGGACGAGAUUCCCGAGGGACGUCAACCGAACGGGAUGCUUGCAGCUGUUUGGGGAAACGUUCCACCGAGUUCCGGACUUUCCAGUUCCAGUGCUCUCGUUUCAGCCGCAGUACUCGGAACCAUGCAUCUCAGCGAGUGUAACCGGUCGAAAGAAGACAUGGGAACAAUCAGCGCAAGGGCUGAACGAUACAUUGGAACUCAGGGCGGUGGAAUGGACCAGGCAAUCGCUUUUCUCGGCCAGGAAGGCUGUGCGAAGCUCAUUGAGUUCGAUCCCCUUCGAGCUUUCGACGUAACCUUACCCAGAAGCGCCGUAUUCGUAAUAGCUCAUUCCCUGGCGCGUCACAACAAGGCGUCGACCUCCGACUAUAACCUCAGGGUGGCGGAGUGCCGAAUCGCUGCCCAGAUAAUAGCGAAAAGGAACGGGCUGAAAUGGGACGAAGUGAAGAAAUUGGUCGACGUUCAAGCGAAGCUCAACAAAAAUCUUAACGAAAUGGCGGGCAUAGUUGAACGGGAAUUGGACCAAGAUUCUUACAGUCUUGAAGAGAUAUGCAGUACCCUCGAAACAACGCUCGAAUACUUGAAAAAAGUUUCACUGACGAAGAGUUUCAAGAAUUCGCAAGCCUUCAAACUGAGACAGCGAGCUUUGCACGUGUUCCAAGAGGCAGCGAGGGUGAUUGAAUUUCGUGAAAUAAAUCAGCGAGAUGGGAAAAGCGAUAAGGAGCGUCUCCGUCAUCUCGGACAUCUCAUGACCCAAAGUCACGUGAGCCUGGACCAGAUGUACGAGUGUAGUCAUCCGGAGCUAAAUCGUCUGGUCGAAGAUGCGAUGGAGUGCGGAGCCCUUGGAGCUCGCCUAACUGGAGCUGGAUGGGGCGGAUGCGCAGUAGUUCUCACGACAAAGGAGAAGGUCCCAGAGUUCUUGGAGUCCCUUAAAGAGAAAUUCUACCAUCGCCGAGGCAUAAAGCCUUCCGAAACCGAGGGUCUAUUGUUCCCAACGGAACCCAAUCAGGGCGCGGCCAUCUACAUCCCCUAGGUGAUUUGUUUCGUCCAGCACGCCGUAUAGCGCAGCUGCUACUGGGAUGGCCGUAAUUGCAGUUAAUUACUCGUAAAUUUACUCUGUACCACCUUGCAGCCUGCUAUUUUCCAAGGUCAAGUUCCUCAAUCUCUCACUAAAUAAACACAUACCUUUAUAUCUACUUUACGGCCAGCGUUUAAUUUAACCGAUUAAUUUUCACUUUUUUUUUGUCAAACCCUAAUCCCCGCUCCGCAGCUGCGGUUCCGCGCGUCUCUGAGUCUCACCGAAACGAGUGAAUAAUUGGUAUUCGUUUGUCAUUGACGAGA